AUAUAGAUUAAAUAAAUAAAAUUUCGAGAGAGAGAUGAGGAUACAGUGCAACCUGUGUGAGGCGGCGGUGGCGAAGGUGCUAUGCUGCGCCGACGAGGCGGCGCUGUGUUUAGAAUGCGACGAGAAAGUCCACGCGGCCAAUAAAUUGGUCAGCGAACACCAGCGCCUCCCUCUCUUUUCUUCUUCUUCUUUUCAAAUGCCUAAAUGUGACAUUUGUCAGGAAAUAUCUGGGUUUUUCUUUUGUUUGCAAGACCGGGCAUUACUAUGUCGAAAAUGUGAUGUUGCUAUACAUACAGUGAAUUCAGUUGUGUCAUGUCAUCAGAGGUUUUUGCUUACUGGGGUUGAAGUUGAUGUUGGAACCAAAACUGACACCAUUGGUGCCUCUUGUUUCAAUGCUAAGUGACCUUUCAAUAUACACCAAAUGUUGGAAGUGAAAUAUAAUAAAACUGGAAAACAUUCAGUAAUGGCAAAUGGCAAAUGGAUGCUUCUUUUUUUGGCUUUAAUCAAUGGAAAAAUGGAACAUCCAAGGUGUGGUUUAUUGUUCUAGUUUUUGUACUAUGUUUAAUGUUGUUUGUUCUAGUACUAGAGAGUGGAGAUCACCACCCAUCUUCUUUAGUAACAUUUCUGUGUGUCUCACCUACACAUACAGACAACAGUGAGUGAAAAAGCACUCACCUGUCUUGCUUCCAAUAUUUUCCAUGGUGUGUGUAACUGAGCAAGGACUGUAUUGCACAAAAAGAUUCUCGCAAUCAAUCUAAUGGUGUGAAAAAUCCAUUUCCAUGUGCAGUAAA